CAAACCAGUAAGUCGUCUGCAAAAGAGCCCGCCUGUUCUGUUUGUCGGGCAAGGAACAUUUCGUAUGAUGAAUUAGAAUAAAUAAACAUUAUGUCACUCGAUGUAAAUAUUUAAAUGCUAGCCAAGAGUCUACUACUGGUUACUGGAUGACUGAUUGAAGUUAUUUGGAAUCUUCUUUGAUCAAUCAUCAUGGCAAACUUUCAAGAUGGUUCAGAUGUCAUGCCUGCUCCUGAUACAUCCCUUCAAAUGGACUACUGGACAGAGGAACUUAGUGAAUCACAAAAGGCGCACUAUUCUAGGUCUCAGAAAGAAUACAGUGAUAUUAUGAGAAAGGUUUCUGAUUUUAUUUUUAAAGAAAAGGGGGAUGUGUUGGAACGUGGCUCUGAUGUGUUAGUUCUUCAAGGAUCCGCAGGGACACCUGCAACAUCAGUUCUUAGCAGUCUAGUCAGUUCAGUUGCACAGGCUUCAACAGCAUGUCAAAGCAACAAAGUUGUCACAUCUCAAUCACAGCCCCAAAUACCGAAACUUCAAAGUGUCCCCCUUGUCUUACAGGGUGGGCAGGCUCCUUCAGGAACGCGGGUAGUAGCUACUACUCAAGGAUCAACUGCAGGAACCUUCCAGAUGCCACAAACUGCUUACCAGCUAGUGAUGGAUCCAAGAUUAGGCUUGAUUGUUGGAGAAGUUUCUAAUCAAAAAGCAUUUCAAGUGAUAGCCACGGCUGCAACCUCACCCCCUGGGCUUGUAUCCACUGUAACCACUUCAUCUGCAUCUUUACAAACAACUCCUGCUCCUCAAAGACUGCGCCCUAAACCAACCUCCUUGAUUGUGAAAACCACUGCUGCUCCUGCUAUUGCUAUUCAAGCUCCAUCUACUAAAACACAAGCUGUUAAAACACCAUCUGCUACAACUGUUGUUACAGCUGCAACAACUUCAACAAUGUCAACCUCUUCUCCAAUGCAAGGCCAAAAACAGAGAAACUCCAGUCUGGGUGUGUCAGCAUCCACGCCUGUAGGAAUUCCACAACCCAUCAUUAGACCAAAUGCCCAUGAAAAUACUAGUGUUGGGGGUCUGUCUGCUGGAAAUUCAAAGAAGAAUACCAAUGAUGAUGGUAAAACCAAUGCAUCUGGUCCAGAUUCAAAAGAACUCACUUUUAAUAAAUUAUCUGGGAAAACAUUUCCAUCUCUGGUUGUUCUGGCCAAACCACAUUUGAGAGUGUCAGAAAUGACCCAAACCAAAAUUAAUAAAGAACGAUCUGCCUUAGAUGCAAAAGUCAAAAGUGUGUUGAUGUAUAAUGCUGCCAAAUUCUGUGAGUGGUUGAUACAACAGGGCUUGGUUAAAAGUGACCAGUUUUGCUCUCAGCAUUCAGAGGGGGAUGGUCCCCUUGCAUUAAAAUUAGGCACUUAUUCAGAUGUGGCUAAAUUCCCCUACAGUGGAGGCUAUGUUUGGGUUAAUGACUGCUGUCCACAAAGAUUUGUUUCGGUAUUCAGUGGGUCCAUCUUUGAAGGUGCUCCUCAUCCUCCAACUGUGUUAUUGAAGCUUAUGUACCACUGGUGCUGUCAGACAAAUGUCCAAAAUGUUGUUCAAUGGGUUAAGGUUGAUAAUUUUUAUGUGAAGAACUUUUUCACACACAUGCGAAGUGUUUGCAUUGCUGCUGUUCAUGAAAAUUUUCAGAAACUUGGAGGACCUCAAAAGAGAGUUGAGGUUGGUGUUAUUAGCCUAGGUACUACUUCACAAGAUGGAAACCAGCGUCAAGUCAAGGUUGAGGUCCUGGGUGUAAUGGACACAGAAAGUAAAUUAGUGAGGUUGAGAGCUGUAGAACCACUUCAGGAAGCGGAAAGAAACUAUAAGAGGCGCUUUGUGAAGAUUUUAGAACCUUUACGACAUUGGGUUCACCUUGACAGUACAAUAGUGACUGAUUUCACUGUAGAUAAAGGUACACUUUUGAGUAUGGGAUUCAAUCAGGUACUACAGACAACUAUACCUGAUCCACCCACCAGUUCAAGUAAACUGAGUAAUCAAAACAUCAUGGAGUACCUCAGACGUAUUGUACCGCGAAUGUUCCAGAACACCCUGUCUUUAUUGUCUCGUCAAAUUAUCCAACAAUUUCUAGAUGAAUUAGUUUGGCGUGAACUAUGGGGGUCAAUCCCCUCUCAGGCCUUUGAAUCACUAGUGUCCAAUUUGGCGGCGCAGACUAAGUUAGACAAAGGAGAAAACUUAAUUGUUAAGUUAGGAAAGAUAGCAGCUAAUCCAUUCAAAUCUUGGGAGUACAAACAUUGGAACAUAAAUGGAUUAGACAUAUCAACAGUACCGCUCAUAGAACAAAUCUCCAAUCCAACUCUCUCCAAAUCUGUUGGCAAAACUGAGUCUUCCAUUGACGCUGAUGAUGAGUAUGUUUUCAGCAUUGCUCUUCCAAAACCUUACAACUAUGAAAUUGGAGAGGAAUUAAGGAACAGAUUGAACCAGGCUCUGAAAAAAAUUGAUACAUCUACAACUUUACGGAAGUUGGUUGAAGAACACAACCUUCCUCGUUCUCUCCUGUAUGAAAGGACAAAAGAAUUCCUAAAGUAUAGGUUGAUUCCUGCUUUCACAGUAUUUACUGAAGAUGAAGAAGAAGAUAUAAAGGAAUACUUGAUGACUUUAUAUGAAUGGGGAUACCCAUUUGCACGUUGGGAUAUUCAAAUGGCAGUUAAACAGUAUCUAGAAGCCUGUGGCCGUGUUGAAACUAGGUUCAAGGACAAUUUCCCCGGAGAGAUGUGGCUGGAACGGUUUUUGACUCGCCAUCCACUCAUAAGGGCUAGAUUGUGUAGCAGUGUUCCAUCCCGUGGAUCACCAAUUGAUACAGAGACUGUUAAGCAAUACCUUCUAAAUAUCUCAUCUGAGCUUGAAUCUGUGCCUCCACAGAAUAUUUUGAAUAUUAUGGAAAUUGGACUAACUGGAGAUCCACUUAAAUCAAUGACAAUUGAGCUGCGUGAUAUAAGAUAUCCUGUUGGUAGAAGAAAAGUUAAGUCAUCUACCGCCAUUAUGGUGGCAUGCACGGCUGUGGGCAAAGUACUUCCGAUCUUCAUCAUAUUUGAAGGCAAACUCACCACUAUAGAGAAAGGAGAUUUCUCUGGAGAGUAUUAUGCAACCCAAAGUGGUUGGUUUGAUGAAAUAGCUUUUCACAAAUGGAUUGAAACUGUGUUGUUUCCUUGGGCUGACAAACUAGAAGGAAAGAAAGUUGUGGUGGGGGACAGUUUAGCCAAGUUAUUCACUGUCAAAUCUCUAGCCCUUUGUAUGGAUAAGAAUAUCACCUUUGUCAGCAUGCCUUGCAACAUUUCUGGUGUACUUUCUCCUAUUGAUGUGGUUCUUUGUGAAAAGCUGAGGACUCAGUGGCGGAGUCUAAUGCGAUCUUGGUCUUUGGCCAAUGGUGAUAGGUGCAUCAGUGUAGAUAAUUAUCCUACCCAUAUUAAAGAACUGUUUACCUCUACUAUUGGGGCAGGAGUGGGACAACAAAUUCGCAAUGCGUUUAAAGUUAUUGGCCUUCAUCCUUUUAAUUCCACAAACACCAUGCGAGCUUUAGAAAAUGCUGGUGUGAAUUUGAGUGAUUCCAAACCAUGUAAACAGUCAAACGAAGCCAAGUUUCAGGGGGACGCAAGUAAAAGGAAAAGGAUAUUUAUUGGAACUGAUGAACCAACUGUCAAUAAGAAGCCUGGACAGAAAUCUUUGGAAAGUACACAAGACUAUGUUGACCUUAAGGAGACUCUGAAAAAUACAAAAGAUCUUGUCUCACUUGUGGCAUUCUAUUAUGGUACACUACCUCCCGACAAUGCACUUGUCAGCUCUGAAUUUAAAAUAGAGAACCUCAAUGCAAAGUGCCCUCUUUGCAGUUCCUCAGUUCAGGAUAACCUGACAUUGAUGAAACAUUUGUUGGCUCAUUCUGCCACACCAACUGCUCAGGAAAUUUCAAAUAUUAACAUGUGUAUAUAUUGUGCUAAAAUAUUUCCUUCUAGUGAAGAGAAAGAUAACCAUGCUAAAGAGGUUCAUAAGAGCUUGUCACUUGAUGAAACAGCAUGCCUCAUUUGUUGUGAGAAAAUGAGCAGCAAAGAGAGUCUGAUAAUGCAUAUGCGCCGAACCCACAAUCAGUUGGAGCUACCCUUCAGCUGUACAAUUUGCAGCUUUCGAUGCAGUGAACAAUUCACACUGGUUGACCACUUUUAUGAGGUCCACAAAAAUGGAGAAAAACUCCAGUGUCCAUAUUGUUUGAAGUGUGUAGCUGUUGGAAACCAGGGAAAGAAGCUUGCAGCAAAUGUUUUCUUUUUCAUGCAUCAUGUGAAAAAACAUCAACUCAACAACACCUCCAAAAAGUGUGACAAAUGCUCCCUUUCUUUUAUACAUAAAGGAAUUAUAAAGGAACAUAUUAAUAGUGAUCAUAAAAGCUUCCAUGAUAAUCCAAAUGUUGUGCCAUAUACAUGCAAAAGUAAAGUAAGCAUUAUGAUUUCUCGGCCAAGGUUGAUCUCUGAGAUGUCACUAACAGGAUCCAAAUCUGGAUCUAACUUGCUGUCAAAGAACGCAAAUAUCUUAGCUUCAAGCAGUACCCAACAGGCACAUUUCUGCAUUGAAUGCGAUACAAAUUUGUUUGGAGAAAAUCAUUUUUCAUUAAAUGACCUAAUGUGCAAGCAGUGCACAUUCUGCACAUGCUGCUCUAAAGCUAUGAAGAAACAUUCAUUAGGUAAUGUAAGGACUCAUCCUGGAGGAUGUAGGCCUGGGUCUAUUCGAACAGCACCUCUUGUACCCCUCCCAAAUGCAAUGCACUGUAUGUGUGGGUUCAAGGCUAGAGAUGGCAAUGUGCUAGCUACUCACCUAAUUAGUUGCAAUAGAACUGUAGCAUAUCCUUCUGCAUCAACUGCUGUUGAAGCAUUAGUGGCUAGUCGGUUAUCGGCAUCAUUUGCUGCUCUUGCUGGACAUGGCGACAAAUCUGGUGCCGGUGGUAAUACAUUGUCCAAAGUGGAAAAUGGUAGAAGCAGUCAAAAUAAAUCUCUUCAGAAGGAUCCUCCAAUUGUGCUGAGUAAGUUGGGCUCAUUGCUCAAAAAGUCCAUGGAAGCUGGGGAUAGUAGUGGCAGAGCCAUGUCAUCAACUGAAACUGAAGAUGAUUCAAGUAGAGACCGCCCCCUUAGCCGGGCCAGCAGCAGUGGUAGCUCAUCAAGCAAUAGAAAGCGCUCUGCUGUGGAGGCUGAAAUAGAAUCUUCUGGGAGUGUUGAGGUAAAAGAGAAGAAGUCUGCGUAUGAGGAUACUCUGGAGUCACAUUCCUUAUCCGAAUCGAACCAUAGUUGUUAAUUAGCUAAUCAAUCAAUCUUAUUAAUACAAGUAAUUGUGAUUUGCCAGAGAUGGGAAGGAAUUCAUCAUAGUUUGUCAUGAUUAAUUGCUUCUCAUUUGUGUCAGUAAUAUCUUCAGGGUCUACAGUAAUUUUAUGUUUCAUUCUUCCGAUAAUUUUCAAUGCAUUUUAAUUUCAAUUUUUUAAGUAAUUUCCAAUGUAGUCUUGCCUUCUACAAAUGUCUAAUGUUGGGUAUUUGAUGCACAGAUAAUUAAGACACUGAUUUUGGUGCUGCAUUUGCCAACCCUCCACAGUGUGAUGGUUUUUAAAGCAAUUGAGCAAGAUUUUAGACUUGUGUUCUAUUCCAUGUGUACUAUUUCUUCACUCACUGCAAAAUAUCAAUUUCAACUGUGAGCAUUUUUUUUUUUUUGCUUGUUUUUUCUUUGGUUUGUUUUUUUUAAAUUGUGGUGCAUUUUUGCCUUGGAAAAGCAGUGUUCAUUUUAGCACCUACUUUAAAGAUUGGUUUCAAUUCUUUGUGUUAUGAAAUGUCUGAAAGCUAUUGAUCUCUUUGCUGUCCUGGGAUAUCCUUCAGUAUUAAUUUGUGUCAUCAGCAUCACAACAGACUCCAACUCUAUGACAAAAGGAAUAAAUGUCUUCGACGUAUCAGCCCAUA